AUGGAUAAAAUAGUGCAAAAUUACUAUGGAGGAGGAAAUAAAUACGACCCAAGAGCUUAGGCAGCAUCGAAGAAACACUACUGUGCAAUAUGUAAGAUCGAAAUAUCAGCAAGUAGAUCUUCUAUAAUGUUCCAUGAACAGUCUAAAUAGCAUUAAUAAAAGAAAAAGGAGACAAUUGAUAGAUCUAGAGGUAGAAAUAAUCCUGACUUCUAAAAUGAUCCCACUAAGCCCUAAAGGGUAAACAUGUAGCAACUAAAAUCCUUAGCUAAUAAUGCAAUGAUGGAGGAAAUGAAGAGAAUUGAGGAGGCAGCAUUUUCUACUUAUGAUAAAAAGGAUGCUACUGGCUUUAGAUAUAAAAAGCUUAAUUAAGCUGAGGUUCUGGUUUCUCUACAAUAGCAAUAGAAUGCAGGUGCAAGGAGAAAUGAAUAAUCAGAAUAAGAAAGAGAUAUGGGCUACUAAAAGCCUAAGUAAUCUUAAUUUGAAGAGGAUUCUGGCUCUUCAUUUAAUAUAGAUGAUAUCAAGAAUGAGCCCAUUUGGUCUUCUCAUUAUGAUGAAGACUCUGGAGAAGUCUACUAUUACAACAGACUGAAAAAGAAUAGUCAAUGGGACAGGCCAAAGAAUUUUGAUGGAUAUGAAAUCAUGUCAGGCCAGCAGUCAAUGAAUCAAGAUUCAGUAUAUUAAAGAACUUUUGGAGGUUUUCUUACACAACAAACAAGCAUGCCCACACUGCUUGAAAACAAAGGGCCUACUGAUUAGGGUGUAGUAGGUGGUUGGGUGGAAGUUAAAGAUGAUUUUGAUUAUUAUAAGUAAAACUCAGUGCAGAACUUUGACCAAUAAAAGCUUUAAGAAAUAGAAAAGAAGGAGCUCGAGUGUAAACCGAAAACCAGAGAAGAAAUCAUAGAUUACAUCAAUCAAAAUUCAGACUCAGAGGAACUAGCGCCAGAGGAUGAUUAAUAGAAUGCUAUGGAUAAAAAUUAAAAUGAAGAAGAAGAUGAUGAUGAGGAGAAUGAAUAGGGUAUUGAUUUGAUAAGGAGACAGUUAAUGAAGUAAAAGGAUGAAUGCAAAAUAUAUUAGAAAUCUAUACUAGGAAAAAGGAAACUUAAUUAAAGAUCGAAUAAGCCAUAAUUAGUAAAUGCAACAGAUAAUGAUAUUUUAAAAGAAUCGAUUAAAGAUAUGAAGAUUAGAGUCGAAAAGGGAACUUUAAAUGAGGAUUUUUCAAGAAUAAAUUAUGCAGAGGAUAAAAUUGUUGAUGCUACGAAUAAUGCUUAACCACUUGGACAUGAAUUAGAUUCAUUAAACAAAAUAAGAGAUGAUGGGCCUGCUAGUGUGGGAGGCUCUACUGGAUUUGGAUUUAAGAAAAGAGAGUAAAAAAACGUAAAGAAAAGAUAAGCAGUGACAUCUGAUGGAGAGAAAGAUUGA